ACACUGAAGACCUACAGUUGUACAAAAUAAACGCAUGAAAACAGAACUUAUCUAGUAAAGUUUUGUAGCAGCUCCACACUGUCUACUGUCUUAGAAACGACAAUAAAUGUAUUCACCACAACACCCAUGUCACUGAACAGCUAAGUCUUUACAUUGGCUAAGAAAGGUCACCAAAAGAUGUCAGUGUUUCUCUCUGUCAAUUAUAUGUGAAUAUUCUGGUAUUGAUCCAAAUUUCUGAGUGACGCAGGCACAUAAAUACCCUCCUUGACUUGCUACCUCACUUAUCAUGUGCAGACAUGGUGCCAGGUCUGAAGGUCCUUCUGUUCCUCAGCCUGCAUCUCCUGCAGGGGGUGAAAAGCUCCAUGGUCCAUCUGAACAACAACGGAUACGAGGGAGUGGUCAUUGCAAUUAACCCCAGUGUGCCAGAAGAUGAUAGACUCAUCCAAAGCAUAAAGGAAAUGGUAACUCAAGCCUCUACUUACCUGUUUGAAGCCAGCAAAGGAAGAUUUUAUUUCAGGAAUGUAAGCAUUUUAGUCCCGAUGACCUGGAAAUCAAAAUCCAAGUACCUAACGCCAAAAUGGGAAUCAUAUGACAAAGCAGACGUCAUAGUUGCUGAACCUUACCUGAAAUAUGGAGAUGAUCCCUACACACUUCAGUAUGGACAGUGUGGAGACAGAGGACAGUACAUACAUUUUACUCCAAACUUCCUCCUGACUGAUAAUUUGCCUCUGUGUGGACCCCGAGGCAGAGUCUUCGUCCAUGAGUGGGCCCAUCUCCGGUGGGGAGUAUUUGAUGAGUAUAACACAGACCGGCCCUUCUACAUGUCCGGAAAGAACAAGAUUGAAGCAACAAGACGCUCCACUGGGAUCACUGGGACAAACGUGGUCAGUGAAAGUCAGAGAGGCAGCACCGAGGUGGUUGAAUUUUGCACAGAAAAGACACACAAUACGGAAGCCUCAAAUCUACAAAACAAAAUGUGUAAUCGCAAAAGCACAUGGGACGUAAUCAAGGAGUCUGCUGAUUUUCAGAAUGCCUCUCCCAUGACGGGGACAGAAACACCGCCUCCACCUACGUUUUCAUUGCUGAGGUCCAAGCAGCGGGUAGUCUGCCUGGUGCUAGAUAAAUCUGAAAACAUGAACUCAGAAGACCGUCUUAUUCGAAUGAAUCAAGCAGCAGAACUUUAUUUAACUCAAAUUGUUGAAAAGAAAUCUAGGGUUGGAUUAGUCACAUUUGACUCAACUGCUAUAAUCCAAAAUUAUCUAAUGAAAAAAACUAAUAGUAGUGACUAUGCAAAGAUGACUGCAAAUCUCCCACAGCAAGCUUCGGGUGGAACUUCAGUUUGCAGAGGGCUUGAAGCAGGAUUUCAGGCAAUCACUUCCAGUAAUAAGAAGACUUCUGGUUCUGAAAUCAUAUUGCUAACAGAAGGGGAAGAUAGUCAAAUAAGUUCAUGCUUUGAGGAGGUCAAACACAGUGGUGCCAUCAUCCACACCAUCGCUCUGGGGCCUUCUGCUGCCAAGGAACUGGAGACUCUGUCAACCAUGACAGGAGGGCUUCACUUUUAUGCCAAUAAAGACAUAACUGGCCUUAUGGAUGCCUUCAGUGCUAUUUCAUCUGGAAGUGGAGACAUCUUUCAGCGGGCACUGCAGUUGGAGAGCAAAGCCUUGGAUAUUUCAGGGAGAAAACAGUUAAGUGGUACAGUGCCUGUGGAUAGUACCAUUGGAAAUGACACGUUCUUUGUUGUCACCUGGACAGUACAAAAGCCAGUAAUUAUUCUUCAUGAUCCAAAGGGGAAAAAAUACACAACCUCAGAUUUCAAAAAUGAUAAGCUAAAUAUUCGCUCUGCUCGACUUCCAAUACCAGGCAUUGCAGAAACAGGUACUUGGACUUACAGUCUUUUAAAUAAGAAUGCCAGAUCUCAGCUGCUAACGGUGACAGUGACCACUAGAGCAAGAAGUCCUACCACACUCCCAGUAAUCGCCACUGCUCACAUGAGUCACAAGACAGCACAGUACCCUAGCCCGAUGAUUGUUUACGCACGAGUCAGCCAGGGGUUCUUGCCUGUUCUGGGAGCCAAUGUCACAGCCUUUAUAGAAGCUGAAGCUGGACAUCGAGUCACACUGGAGCUCUGGGACAACGGGGCAGGUGCUGAUACUGUUAAAAAUGAUGGCAUCUACACAAGAUAUUUCACAGAUUAUCAUGGAAAUGGUAGAUACAGCCUAAAAGUGCAUGUCCAGGCAAGAAAAAACACUGCCAGACUAAGUUUAAGACAACAGAGCAAGUCUCUAUAUAUUGAAGAUGGGAAAGUUGUAAUGAAUCCACCCAGACCUGAAAUCCAAGAGACAGGAGCUCCAGUGGAAGACUUCAGCAGACUCACCUCUGGAGGGUCGUUUACCGUGUCUGGAGCGCCCCCUGGUGGUAACCACGCUCAUGUGUUUCCACCUAGUAAAGUCACAGAUCUGGAGGCUGAGUUUAAAGGAAGUCACAUUCACCUGACAUGGACAGCCCCUGGCAAGGUCCUCGACAGAGGAAGAGCGCAUAGAUACAUCAUCAGAACCAGUCAACAUUCUCAGGAUCUCCAAGAAGAUUUUCACAAUGCGACUUUAGUGAAUACUUCUGGUCUGGUGCCAAAGGAGGCUGGGUCAAAAGAAAAUUUUGAAUUCAAACCAGAAACUUUGAAAAUAGAAAAUGGUACCAAGCUCUACAUUGCAAUUCAGACCAUCGACGAAGACAAUCUCACUUCAGUGAUCUCCAACAUCGCACAGGCUGUCAAGUUUAUUCCUCCAGAACAAGAGCAGCCGAGUGAGCGGCACAGAAGCCGGGAGAGAGAGAGACCCUCAGUGGCCGAGCAAGCAGCACGGAAGCCAGGAGAGAGACCCUCGGUGACCGAGCCAUGGUCCUGGAAGCCAGGAGAGAUACCCUCAAUGGCCGACCUAUGGUCCAGGAAGCUAGCAGAGAUAUCCUCAAUGACCGAGCUAGAGUCCAUGAAGUCAGGAGAGAUACCUCCAAUGGCCGAACUAGGGUCCAGGAAGCCAGAAGAGAUACACUCAAUGUCCGAGCUAUGGUCCAGGAAGCUAUCAGAGAUACACUCAAUGGCCGAGCUAUGGUCCAGGAAGCUAGCAGAGAUACACUCAAUGUCCGGGCUAUGGUCCAGGAAGCCAGGAGAGACACCCUCAAUGGCUGAGCUAGGGCCCAGUAAGCCAGGAGAGAUACCCUCAAUGACCGAUAUAUGGUCCAGAAAGCUAGCAGAGAUACCCUCAACAGGCAACCUAUGGUCCAGGAAGCCAGGAGAGAGACUCUCAGCAGCCGAGGGAGCAGCCCGGAAGCCUGGAGAGAUAGAGAGAGGUCAUCAGCAGCCAAGCAAGUGGCCCAAAAGCUGGCAGAGGAAGAGAGGUCUUAAGGGGCGACGUUUCCGUGGCUGAGAGAGCAGCCCAUAAGCAAGGACUUCCAGAAACUAUAUUAAGAAGUGCUUUUAGGACAAGAUCUCCUUAGUAGAUUUGGAGGAGGAG